AUGAUACCAAGCUCUGGAGGGGAAGGGGCCAUGAUGUCAAGCUCUGGAGGUGGAGGAGCCAUGAUGUCAAGCUCUGGAGGGGAAGGGGUCAUGAUGUCAAGCUCUGGAGGGGGAGGAGCCAUGAUGUCAAGCUCUGGAGGGGGAGGAGCCAUGAUGUCAAGCUCUGGAGGGGGAGGAGCCAUGUCGAUGAUGUCGAGUUCUGGUGGAGGAGGGGGCGUGGCUACAGUGUCUACUGGGAAGCUCGGACGAGGCAUGACUGGAGGUACUGGAGACUAUCUGUUCCAGAGGGAGGUACAGAGAGAAUUCAACAUCACCAACCCACAGAACUUCAUGAAGCUGUACAACGCUUACAGGAGAUACCUCACAGAAAGCAGCGGGCUGGCCAGGGUUUAA